UGGAGCGGUGCUGGGGGCGGAUGAGCUACAAAUGAGCGCAGGGACGCGCCUCAGCGGGAAGCCCGAUCAGAUUUACAGCUUCCGAGUCGCCCUUUCUCACCUAAUGAGCGCACUCUCAAUGCCACUGAUAGGAGAGGAGACAAAGGACUCUUUAAUGGGGAGGGGGGAAGCUUGAAAAGAAAGGAUUUGCUUGUGUAAAGGAAGGCAAACAAGAGCCCACCUCACCUGGACAGGCUGCAGAUCAACUUUACGCACGACAUUUUUUCUUUUACGCCCAACAGUUUUUACUAUUGGAGUUUAAUGAUGCGCCGAGGCGGAUUAUUCUUCUGAGAUUCCCUCUGGACUUUCAGCUGGCUUGUGAGUGACCUGAGGCCCGGUGUUUUUUGUUGUUUUCUUUGCCCCUCCACAGACAUUUGCUAGAAAAUGGAGUGUGUGCCUUUAAGGCGCCCGACUGCCUGUCGCUUUGUGCUGCGCAGAGACUGACGCCCUCUGGACACAGUGGACACUUGAGCGGCGGCAGAGCACCAUCCUGGAGAGGUUCAAAGAAAAAAACAGCCACUGUCCCCCCUUAAAAAAAGAGAGAAGAAGAGACCUUGUUAACUGCAUUGUGGUGUUUCCUGUUCUGUCAGGAUGAGGCCUGGUCAGCUGAUUCUCGCCGCCACCGCAGCUCUCCUCUUCCUCCUGUCAGGACUAUCUCUGACCUCCGGCUGCAACAAAGCCCUCUGCGCAAGUGACGUCAGCAAGUGUCUCAUCCAGGAGCUUUGUCAGUGUCGUCCGUCCGAUGGGAACUGCUCCUGCUGUAAAGACUGCAUGCUCUGUCUGGGGGAUCUCUGGGAAGAGUGCUGCGAUUGCGUGGGGAUGUGUAACCCCAAGAACUACAGCGACUCUCCUGCUACAUCAAAGAGCACAGUCGAGGAGCUGCACCGCCCGAUCCCCUCGCUGUUCCGUGCCCUCACUGAGGGUGACGCGCCGAUCAACAUGAUGGUGGUGUCCUUCCCCGUUGCAGAGGAGCUCUCGCAUCACGAGAACCUGGUUUCCUUUCUGGAGUCGCUCGACAACCAGCAUCAGAAUGUGUCGGUGCCUGGCAAUAGCAUCCACACCAGCUACGACAACCAAGAGAACAUGUGCACGGUGGUCUACUUUGACGACUGCGUGUCCAUCCGUCAGUGUAAACUAUACUGUGAGUCAAUGGGAGGAUCAAAGUACCGCUGGUUUCACAACGCUUGCUGCCAGUGCAUCGGACCGGAGUGCGUGGACUACGGCAGCAAGGCUGUGAAGUGUUUGAACUGUCUGUUCUGAAGGGUGGGCACAUAUUGGUACCAAAUGUCUGGUCCGUCCCAGAGGACUGAGGACAGAGGAACUUAUGACUGUUAUGUGUUAGCAUUCCUCAGUUACCUUGUAAAAUACCCCCCAAAGCCCCUCUCCUAUCCCUGCAAAAUGUUUUAUUCUGCUGUUAUUGUUUCACUGUAUAUUUUUAGAUAUGUUUUCAAUAGUGUUUUUUUUACUAGAGGUGUAUAUGAAUAAUGUAUUUUUGCAAUAAUGGUCAGCUAAAUCCCAGUCUCAUGCCAAAUAAAGACAAAUUUGGUGA